AUGGCGACCGGCGGCUACCGCAGCGCCGGGGGCAGCACCACGGACUUUCUGGAGGAAUGGAAAGCCAAGCGGGAGAAGAUGCGGGCGAAGCAGGCACCGCCGGCCCCGGGCGCACCGGGCGGGGGGGAGCCCCGUCCUGCGGGGGGCGGCCCCUCGGCCGAGCUGAACAACAACAGCACCAGCCUGCCCCCCGAGCGCGCUGUGCCCCCCGCCGGCGGGGCGCUGAACUGCCUCGGGCUCGCCAGCGCCAGCCUGGGCCGCGGCGCCCCCGCCAAGGAGCCGCCGGCGGCACUCGCCGGGAGCCGCGGGGCCGAGAAGGGGAAGGGGCAGAUCGAGAAGAGGAAGCUGAGGGAGAAGAGGAGGUCGACAGGUGUGGUGAACAUCCCGGCCGCCGAGAGCCUUGAUGAGUAUGAAGAUGAUGAAGCAGGGCAGAAGGAACGGAAGAAAGAGGAUGCUAUUACUCAACAGAAUACGAUACAAAAUGAGAGUUCCAGUGCAGAUACCUCUUGCUCAUACUUACUCCAGGACUCCUCCAGGAUGGUUUCAAGCAGGUAUAAAAGUACAGCUAAUGCACCAGAAGAUGAUGCUCCAAAUAGAUAUUCCCGAGCAGAGAGGACAGCUUACAGCAGAUACAGCAGAGAUGCAAAUUCUUCUGGCAGUUCUCUACCAAGUAACACUUUGGAAAAGAGGAUUGAGGAACUUGAAAGGGAACUUGCAAAAGAAAGACAGGAAAAUGCAAGAUUAAUGAAGAUGGCACAGGACAAAGAGGAACUAAUUGGAAAGCUGAAAGAAGAAAUUGAUUUAUUAAACAGAGAUCUAGAUGAUAUAGAAGAUGAAAAUGAACAAUUGAAGCAAGAAAAUAAAACACUCUUAAAAGUUGUUGGACAGCUGACAAGGUAUGUAGUGAGUAUCCUUCCAUCAAUUAGACAGAGAUGAUCCUUUCUUCUACUUCAAUGUAGGA